UAAAGGCAGUGAGACAGAUGCUGGUCUGCGGCUCCUCGUGGUUCUGCUGCUCAUCCACAGGUUCAGGUCCAUCAUGAGUUGCCCGUCCUCCGGUCAGCAGGGUGUUUACCCACAAACCCCUCAGCAGUGGCCCGGUCAGCCCUGCCAACCCUGCUGGUCCUGCCAACCCACUCAGCCCAACUGGCCUGCUAACCAGCCCAGCACGACCUGGCCGGUCCAACCCACCCAACCAGGCUGGCCCAACCCUCCACCAAUCCAACCAAACCCACCAACCCAACCCAUCCCACCGAUUCAACCAACCCAACCCAUUCAACCAAUGCAACCAAUGCAACCAAUGCAACCCAACCCUCCAAUCCAGCCGAUCCCACCCAUUCAGCCGAGCUGGCCUGCUCAACUACCCCCCUCGACGGGUUACCUGCCCUCUCCAGUGGCUCCAGCGUGGCACGGUAAUCCUGGUCAGCCCGGUUGGCCCGGUCAGGGGCCCGCAGGAGGAGCGCCGCAGCCGUGGCCCCCGGCACCAGCCAUCGCUCCUGUAACGGUUCCUUUCAACAUGAAUUUCCCCCGCGGCAUCUACGACAAGCUAAUGCUGACUAUCAGAGGACAGAUUCGACCAGACGCCAAGAUGUUCACGAUCAACUUCCUGCGCGGUAACGACAUCGCUCUUCACAUCAACCCGCGCUUCAGCGAGGGAGGGAAGCCGGUUCUGGUCCGCAAUCACAAACUGGGAGAGCGCUGGGGGAAAGAGGAGCGGGAUCUUCUGUCGCCGUUCCCCUUCAUGCCCGCUCAUCACUUUGAGAUGAAGAUCCUCUGCACCUUCACGGAGUUCAAGGUGGCCGUCAACAACACGCCUGCGUUUGACUUCCAGCACCGCAUCAAAGAGGUCAACCAGAUCGACCGCAUCAACAUCCUGCACGACGUCACGCUCACGUCCGUCAACGUGGACACGCUCCCAUGAGCCUCCGCGAGCCUAAUCAAGCACAUUCAGCUACAGCGGCAGCAUCACACCAUGACACUCCGAGACACCCCACAUUUGGUCAUUUUGACCUGGAGAGGAAUUUCUUCUUCACGAAAAUGCUAGUUAAUGUUUUCACACUGGACUAAAGCUUACUGACUGCUCACACGGAGUAUAAGAACUUCACAAAAAAAUGAUCAUUUCACAAUUUUUUCCCCCACACCUUGUUUCUAGGUGACUAGGCUACAAAAAAUGCUUAGAAUGUUCUCAUUAUGCUAUAUUAUUACCAAAUACUGAAUUCUAUCUUUGAGUCUUGUUUCUUAUCUAUUAGCACAGGUUUCGUUUCUUUUUGCAGCUGAUUGAUUGAAGCGUUAAGUGAAAGUUAUAGAAAUAGAGGUUUUCUUUUGCAAAACAAUGGGACAUUAACUAACAAAGAAAUACUAACAUCUUUACUUUUAUUCUGUCUUAUCUGUAAAGUAUAACGAGAUCCAGAUGUCUGAGAAACUUGAGAAUGUCACGGUUAAACUCAUCAUGUGUGAUGAAUGUAAUGUGUUUUACAGUACAACAGAAUAACACCAAUAUAAGCAAAACCCUACUAAUAAUGAGUGUGAAUUAAAGUAUUAUUUAAAGCCAA